AUGUCUGUGUCGAUUCAACAUCGAACACCGAGAAAGUUAAAAAAAUCCCAAUUUGUGACAAGUUCGUGCAGACUAUGUGAUUCCGUUGGAGGUAUAUCUCAUUCGAAAAAUAUUUUCAAGAAAAACAAUCGUGAACUGCUUGUAUUAGCUGAGGCAAUUACGGGUGAAACUAUUCCGCACCACGAAGAUCUACCUGAAUUAAUAUGCCGUGCAUGUGAAAGAAGGAUUGGUCACUUCAAAGAAUUUAGAACUAAAAUUCGCGAGAAUCAAAAAACAUUCGGUCGCUCCAGCAAAAGAUGCGUGGAAAUGUCUCCCUCUCUUGUGCGUGUAGCGAAAGCUCAUCGACAUUUGCAGACCGACCCAGUUUCUCAAAUGUUAGACUUUACAUCAGAUGAAGAGCAGAUAACAGAAGAG